GAAAAUCAAAGGAAAACCCCGCAGCAGACAGAAGUGAAAAAGAAGUGACACGUACAGACUAAAAUCUCUGGCUAGAGAGCAAGAGAAAAGAUGAACACUGAUAUCACUGCAUCCACGAAACCAGAGUACCCAGUGAUAGAUCGCAAUCCGCCAUUCACUAAGGUUGUCGGUAACUUCAACUUUCUCGAUUACUGCCGUUUCGCCACCAUCACAGGCGUCUCCGUCACCGUUGGCUACCUCUCUGGGAUAAAGCCAGGUAUAAAGGGACCGUCGAUGGUUACUGGAGGAUUGAUAGGCCUUAUGGGAGGUUUCAUGUACGCUUAUCAAAACUCCGCGGGUCGACUCAUGGGGUUUUUCCCUAAUGAGGGUGAGGUUGCUCAAUACCAGAAACAUGGUUUCAACAAGUAGGAUUUCGACUGUUCUUAUUAUUGAAUGAUUUUCUCAAGGGGGAAAAAAAUCAAGAUCUCUCCUUGUUAUCAUCAUUUCGAAGAUGAUUAUGGUAAUAAUUGGAUUGUCUUUUGCGCUUGUUCACAUAUUGAUACUCAACCUUGCUUAAUUUGGAGGUCAAAUUGGGUUAUGGACCAAUAUUAGGUGCUUUUUAGUUUUCUUUAUCCUGAUUUACUUUGGAUUUAUAUAUGUUUGAUCUAACUUGCUGUGUCUUGUGUUGAGCUAUUAACAUCAUUAGGCAUUCAUUAAGGAGUUUCAUUGUUGUGUUUUGCUUGA